AUGAGGACGACGUCCAAGCCUCAACAACGCCCCAUCACAACCAAGACCAACUUGAGUACCCCAGGUCACGAAUUUCCGGGCUCUUAUCCCAGGGAACACGAGCAAGAGCUGCAAGAACAAUCUCGCGGCGAUGGGUCCGACGGCCCCGCGGCUGGCACCUCAGUUGUUCAAGCAGCGAAGCAGUACAUGCCCGAACCUGUGGAGCGCACAGUCGAGUAUGCUGGUCAGGCAGCAGCUACAUACCUUCCUAUCCCUCAAGGCGUCAAAAAAUCGGUGGCGUCCUACUGGUGUUGUCAGCCUAAAGGGACCCAGUCCGAGUUGGAACAACAGCUCUCUACUUCUCUUCCAAGUUCAGAGUUGAAGGGCGCCCAGCCUCACGAACACGUUGGGGGUGUUGGUUCUCUGCCAGGAACUAUCUCAGAAUCAAGCGUCGCCUUACUACCUGAUGAACGGGCGGAGCAAGAUGCUCAAAGACAAGUAAACUUGACAAAGGACGAGUCUCAAACACGAGGUGAUAACCAAGUAAAGAGCGCCACCCAUCCCUUCGGUGCUGCUGCGGUUACUGGGAAGCCAGGAGUAAGUACAACUAUAUCAGCACCGCGCAAAGCUUUCCUGAACCAAAGUCCGUGUCUGUUGAUCACACUCCGAAGCACGAAGUGCUGGAAGGACACGAUGCUGAGGUUGGUGUUGGCGGAGGCGCCUAUAGGAGCGGCUCAGAUAUGUGACCAACCACCAGGCAAGACAACAGAGACCAAGGCAGCCACCACUGCCAAAGCAAAAGUGUCGCAGCAGCCUGGGGAUGAAAAGUUGACACAAAUUAAAGGCGUCGACAGUAGGACAGGCGAUGUAGGCAAGGUGGCUGGUGACAGGGGUAGCGAUGAGGAUAUGAAACACACCCACAAAGCUGGAGCGCGCACAGGAGCUUACGAUACAGAUUAUCACCCGGCAAAGUUGCAUCCGCCGCCGGUUGGCGAAAGCGCGAGCCAGGCGAAAGCUCAGCCUGACUCUCCCGUGUCGCCGGCAUCUGCGCCUCCAGCGAGCGUUACAAGCUCUAAGGAACAUCGGGUGAGUUUCAUGGAUAAGCUCCGAGGUGAGGCAAAGGUGAUUGCUGGGAAGAUGACUGGCAAGGAGGAUAAAGUGGAAGAGGGCAAACGGAUAAUGCAUGGCGAAGUGUAA